AUGAGGAUGCGGGGACGCGGCCCCCGGGAUGCCCCCGCCUCCAGCGCGGGGGCCGGCGACGCGCGGCGGCUGGCGCCCCCUGGGCGGAACCCCUUCGUGCACGAGCUGCGCCUCAGCGCCCUGCAGAAGGCCCAGAUUGCGGUCAUGACGCUGACGCUUUUUCCCAUCCGGCUGCUGCUUGCUGCCUUCAUGAUGUUGCUCGCCUGGCCCUUCGCACUCGUCGCUUCCCUGGGACCCGCUGAGAGGGACCCGGAGCAGCCCCUGGCCUUGUGGCGGAAGGUUGUGGACUUCCUGCUCAAGGCCAUCAUGCGGACUAUGUGGUUCAUCGGCGGCUUCCACCGGGUGACCGUGAAGGGGCGGCAGGCCCUGCCCACUGAAGCAGCCAUCUUCACCCUGGCACCACACUCCUCCUACUUCGAUGCCAUCCCCGUCACCAUGACCAUGUCCUCCAUCGUGAUGAAGGCCGAGAGCAGAGACAUCCCAAUAUGGGGAACUCUGAUCAAAUACAUACGGCCCGUCUUCGUAUCCCGAUCAGACCAGGAUUCUCGCAGGAGGACCGUGGAGGAAAUCAAGAGACGAGCGCAGUCGAAUGGCAAGUGGCCACAGAUAAUGAUUUUUCCAGAGGGAACUUGUACCAAUAGGACCUGCCUAAUUACCUUCAAACCUGGUGCCUUCAUCCCGGGAGUUCCCGUCCAGCCAGUGAUUCUGCGGUACCCAAACAAGCUGGACACCAUCACGUGGACGUGGCAAGGCCCUGGAGCGUUAGAAAUCCUGUGGCUCACCCUGUGUCAGUUUCACAAUCAAAUUGAAAUUGAGUUCCUUCCAGUGUACAACCCUUCAGAGGAGGAAAAGAAAGACCCCGCCCUGUAUGCCAGCAAUGUGCGACGCAUCAUGGCCGAGGCUCUGGGCAUCUCCGUGACCGACUAUACCUUUGAGGACUGCCAGCUGGCCCUGGCAGAAGGACAACUUCGGCUCCCUGCAGACACCUGCCUUUUGGAAUUCGCCAGGCUUGUGCGGGGCCUGGGUCUAAAACCAGAAAAACUUGAAAAAGAUCUGGAUAGAUAUGCGGAAAGUGCUGGGGUGAAGAAGGGGGCAAAGAUCAACGUCUCGGAGUUUGCGGCUUACUUGGAAGUGCCCGUCUCCGACCCACUGGCCGACAUGUUCUCCCUGUUUGACGAGAGCGGGAGCGGCGAGAUGGACCCUCGAGAGUACGUGGUCGCUUUGUCUGUCGUCUGCCGGCCUGCCCAGACCCUGGACACCAUACAGCUGGCCUUCAAGAUGUACGGGUCUCAGGAGGAUGGUAGCAUAGACGAGGAUGCCCUGUCCAGCAUCCUCAAGACGGCAUUAGGGGUGGCAGAACUCACCGUGACCGACCUCUUUCGGGCAAUCGACCAGGAGGAGAAGGGGAGGAUCACGUUUGCCGACUUCAGCAGGUUUGCAGAAACGUACCCCGACUUUGCAGAGGAGUAUCUGUACCCCGACCAGCCGCCUUUCAAGAUCUGUGCACAGACGCUUCCCGCUCUCACCCCCAACGGCUUCUGUGCCGACUUCAGCCCCGAGAACUCGGAUGCUGGGAGGAAGCCUGUGCGGAAGAAACUGGACUAG